CUUUGAUUAAUUUGAUAUUUGAUGUAACUAACAAAACAUGUUUUAAGCGUUGGUUAACCGUUGAAACUGAUGUUAAUACUAUAAAUUGUUAUAUGCGUACACUUAACAAAAACUUAAAUCAGCACUAUAUAUGUGAAGGACCGUGCAUCAAGGACCAAUUCCUUCACGCAUUAUUCAACUCUUUCACACAAGGAGCCAUGUUACUAUCCAAUAAUCAAGAUCAAGAAGAUAAAGGUUUGUAAAAAAAUCUAAGGCAAAUAUGUUGGACGACAUAGCAAAGAGAUGGAAGGAGCUGAAUGGCCAAAAAAAAUGGCAAGGCCUGCUUGAUCCACUUGACCCGGAUCUUCGCCGCUGCCUCAUUCACUAUGGGGAGAUGUCUCAGGUUGGUUACGACGCCUUUAAUUGGGACCGCAAGUCCAGAUAUGCUGGUGACUGUUAUUACUCCAAGAAACAACUAUUUGCUCGAACCGGCUUCCUCAAAGCCAACCCUUUCAGGUACGAGGUGACCAAGUACAUCUACGCAACAGCUUCCAUAAAGUUACCAAUCUGUUUCAUCGUCAAGUCUUUGUCAAAGGAUGCCUCUCGCGUGCAGACUAACUGGAUGGGUUACAUUGCGGUUGCUACAGACCAAGGAAAAGCGAUGUUAGGAAGGAGAGACAUUGUUGUGGCAUGGAGAGGAACACUUCAGCCAUAUGAAUGGGCUAAUGAUUUCGAUUUUCCACUUGAGUCAGCUAUCUCGGUUUUCCCUGUAAAAGACCCCAAAGAUAACCCUCGUAUUGGAAGUGGCUGGCUCGACAUCUACACCGCUUCUGAUCCUCGCUCUCCUUAUGACAAGACUAGUGCACGAGAACAGGUACAAGGAGAGCUCAAGAGGUUGCUGGAAGUUUACAAGAAUGAAGAAGUAAGCAUCACUUUCACUGGCCAUAGCUUGGGCGCCGUUAUGUCAGUUCUAUCAGCUGCAGAUAUUGUCUAUGGCAAAAACAGCAACAUCAAUAUAAGUCUUCAAAAAAAGCAAGUUCCUAUCACAGUUUUUGCUUUCGGCAGUCCUCGGAUUGGAGACCAAGACUUCAAAAAAAUCGUCGACUCACUCCAACCACUAAACAUCCUAAGAAUAGUAAAUGUUCCAGAUGUCGCGCCACAUUAUCCACUCUUACUAUAUGCAGAAAUAGGCGAGGUAUUAGAGAUCAAUACAUUGAACUCCACGUACCUGAAACGGUCUCUGAACUUUAGGAACUACCAUAACCUGGAGAUUUAUCUGCACGGCAUAGCAGGGAUGCAAGAUGCAGCUGGGGUAUUCAAGCUGGAGAUUGGCCGGGAUAUUUCUUUGGUCAAUAAAGGAUUAGAUGCUCUGAAGGACGAGUACUUAGUGCCAAGUACCUGGAGGUGUCUGGCAAACAAAGGGAUGGUUCAAAUGAAUGAUGGGACAUGGAAGCUGAAUGUCCACAGGAGAGAUCAUGAUGAUAAUGAUGCUGCUGAUGAUGACGACUCCUCCUCAACUAGUAACCAACUACAAGAGCUUAAUACAGUUUAGUUACUAAAUCUUA